UGGCGUGCUGCAAUCCGCCCCCAGGUCUCUCGCACCCACACACCCAGCAAAAGGCUGUCAUUAACAAUGCGGUCUGAGGAGGAAGAACACUAGCCAGUAUAAUUCAGACAUCGAGUUUAGAUUAGCCUAUACAAUAACAGAACAAUAACAAAUAAAAUGUAGCCUAUUUAACAGCUACAAAAUAGAAAACUUAUUUCGACAUCAUAGGGUCAAAAGGAUAGCAUCUAAUAGUUCCGGAAAAAAACAGGCGUUGCUUAAACAAAACUUUUCACAAGUUUCGUCUCAGGACCGACGACUCGACACCUGUUUUUUAAGUCAAUGGAGAGGGAGGGGGAGCAAGUGACAGUGCCGUUUAGGGAGAUAGCAAGCUAACAAAUUAGGAUUCCGAAACACAGAGACAACCUGAAAAGCUGAACACUGAAAGGGAUAAGAGUGGUACAGCCCUCUUCGCCUUCUCUCAGAUUUCUGCGCUGUUGUUCGGCGCGUCUCAACUGGUACUUCAACGGAGGUACUCGGAGCGCGGGUAGACCAAAGCUGGACUGCACGCUAGCGCGGCAAAAGUGGGUCGAUAAUUUUGGCAUUGAAGAUACAUAUCCAGCAUAUCUCCCCGACACCUGCCAGACCUGUCGGUUUUGGACGAGUCGGCCAUGUCGCUGCCACGCACGCUGGGGGAGCUGCAGCUUUACCGCGUGCUGCAGCGCGCCAACCUGCUGGCCUACUACGACACCUUCAUCCAGCAGGGCGGCGACGACGUGCAGCAGCUGUGCGAGGCCGGCGAGGAGGAGUUCCUGGAGAUCAUGGCGCUGGUCGGCAUGGCGACCAAGCCCCUGCACGUGCGGCGGCUGCAGAAGGCCCUGCGCGACUGGGCCGCCAACCCGGCCCUCUUCAACCAGCCGCUGGCCAGCGUGCCGCUCAACAGCAUCCCGCUCUUCAAGAUAGACGCCUCCGGCGGGGGGGCGGGCCCCAGGAAGUCCCUGAGCAACGGGCAGCCGGGGUCCCCCUGCGAGAGGGAGGAACGGGCCUCCCUCACCCCCCUGAGGAGCGCCAGCCCCAAGAGCCCCUGCUCCCAGGCCUCCCCGCAACCCCCCGACCCCUUCUACCGCGACAAGCUGUCCCCCAUGGACCCGCACUGGCUGAGCCCAGACCCAGACCGGCCGGCCGGAGGAGGGUCGGGGGCUGACGAGGACCAGCCCAGCCCCCCUCUCCCUCCCCCGACUCCCUCCCCCUCUGCCUCCUCGUCCACGCCCGCGCUGGCCUGGCCUGGGGGCAGGCUGGAUGGCGACACGGCCAGGGCGGUGGGAGAGAGCGUGGGGCGUCUGUUACGCACGGUCCCCCGGGCGGACCCGGGAGAGGUGAGGGCCCUGCUGAAGCUCAACAAGAAGCUGGCCAAGACAGUGGGACACAUCUACAAGCUGGACCCCCAGGACCCCUCCAAAGAGGAGGAGAUCCGCAAGUACAGCCUCAUCUACGGACGCUUCGACUCCAAGAGGAGGGAGGGGAAGCAGCUCACGCACCACGAGAUGAUAAUCAAUGAGGCGGCGGCCCAGUUCUGUAUCCGGGACAACGCCCUGCUGUUGAGGCGGGUUGAGCUGUUCUCAUUGGCCAGGCAGGUUGCCCGGGAGUGCGCCUACACAUCCACGCUCAAGAACGCCAGAGCAAAUGCAGAUGACGGCGCCGUACUACCACAGAAAAGAAUCAAACAAGAAGUAAUUGCGUCAGAGUGCGUUUCCUCAUCCCAUGACAUAGCAGAAGGGUCGGCUGCAGGGUCCGAGGGGGGCCCCCAGGAGAGAUCAGGGGGAGACGAAGACAGCCUGUCUGGAGAGAGCCUGGAUGGUUUGACUCAAGGUGUGGGUUCACAGUCUAGCCACUCUUCCUCCCCAUGUCCCACUACUGAAGCCUCUGCCCCCGCCACCUGGAGUCGUAACCUCAUGCAGCAGACACUAAUGGACGAAGGACUGCGAUUGGCUAGGCUCGUGUCACAUGACCAUGUGGGCAAACCCAGCCUAAGAGCUCAGUCUGCAGGUUACUACGUGGAAACAGGUUGCAAGUAAAUUUCCGAUUUAAAGAGAACGAAGAGAAAACUUCAGCCAGGCCCCGAAGACGAAGCAGCUCGUGCAGCACCAAAGACGAUUCGGAUAACAGUGGAAAAUAAAAGCAAUCCUGUCACAUGACAUCUGUCUAAGCCCCUAAUACCCAUGACAUCCCACCCCAUCUGCAACAUAUGUACCCCUAAUACCCCUGACAUUCCCCCUGGCAUCAGAUACAUAUUAACCUCUUUUACCCCUCACAUCUUAUCCCCUCCACAACAUAUUGUCCCCUUUUACCCCGCAUAUCCCACCCCAUCAACAGCGCACUUACCCCUAAUGCCCCUCACAUACCCGCCAAUCAGCACCCCCCCUUCAAUAACCUCCCAUCCAGCAAUAACAUGUCAACUCUUUCUGCCAAAACCCAGAAACAAACCCAUAACAGACGGGCAGUAUCACUGAUCAGGCAGUCUGUUGCGUGGUGGGCUGUGUGAGUCUGCCUCUGUGGAGUUUUACUAGUCAUAAAUCUUUAUUGUUUUAUUUGGUGCUAUUUAUUUGUCUGUGUUUAGUGUCUAAUGUGGAAUGUAAUUUCCCUGUGGGGGCCUGGAGGAAACUGUAAUGAAAAAUGAGGUGGGGGGGUGUUGGCGAUAAAACAACCCAGGGAAAUGACUGCACCUGCUCAGAUCACAAUGUGCAGGAGGAAGUCGCUCAGUAGUUGUGACAGUAACAUACUGGGAUUGGACCUGAAUUCAGGACAUUGUAUUUUUUACCGUUCGUUUUGUAGUACCAUUGUAGAAAUUAUGCAACUGAUUUAGAGUCUGACCUGUGGUAGUUGUAGCCCUGUGGGCAAGUCUAGGCCUUUCUACUCAGUUUGUCUGUGGGUGGACUGAAUGUCUGACUGCCUUCCAUUGAGCUUUCAGCCCUGAGCCUUCAGCUGCAGCCUUGUGCAUUCUUGCUUCUAUAUCACAUCUCUUAGGUUAAGAGGAAGACCACCUAGGACAGAAAAUAUGGAAUUCUCAUUGAUAUUUUUGUUACUUCAGUUUGACCGACUGGUCGUUGGAGUAAAAUAAUCCACAAUGAAGUAAUUUGAAGGAGAGGCGGAGGGUUACCAGUAUGAGUGCAUUUUGUUCACAGAGAUGUGCCUACUUCUCUAUUUAAUAAUAAUUCAAACUAAAACUUAACAAAUUCUUAUUUGCGAUGACGCAAACAUGUAAGUUACCAACGUGUGAUGGUUUAUAAACAGUAGUACGGUUAAAAUCUUCUCCUAUCUGACGGCAGUAGGAAGGCCACCGACUCAUCUAAAAGCGGGAAGGGGGGGGGGGGGCGGCGGUGGCUAACGCCCUAACGGAGCCGCCCGUGUUGAUCGACUGUAUGGUAUAAGCCACAGACUUCUCAGGUUUAAGUUUUUGUUUCCCGUGUCUUUUUUAACACUACGCCUUUGGGUUUGACUUUGUAGUCUGACUGUCGCCUGUUGUCGGCUUGUUCUAAUGGAAUCGCGCCUCGGGCGUAUACAUUUAUGUUUAAUGUUUCAAUGCUGAUACUGUGUGCAUGCUGUAAUUCUUUCACCGUUAACCUUUGAGACGCAUUUUUCAAUGCUUUCAGAUAACAUAACAGAGGAACAGUUAAUGCUUCUCCAAAUACCUCUUCAAUAUAGUUCGGAAGUGUGACUGUGACUGUGCAAAAUAUCUACUUUGGACAAGUCAGCGGUAAUACCUUGACAGGAGUGGAAACGGUGGAAGAUAAGAAACGGCUGUUACAUCUGUACCACAGCGCCACAUUGUGGUCAAGACUUGUAAUCCCAUAUCCGUGUGUAGACCUAGUUCCUUCUUGCUCGCAAGUUUUAGACAACCUCUUGAUUUUAUGUUGUACAGUAGAUUAUUUAUUUUGUUAAUUUUUAAUUUUCAAUAAAGGUUUAUUUUAUUGUUUA